UCGUGAACGAAACCCCCAUUAUUCGAUCUUCUUCUUCUUCCCCCGGGACACCUGCUUGUUGCUUGUUGCUCUAGACUGUGGAUAGCCGACACGGUCUUUCUUUCUAGCGUUCGCAUAUAUAGACACACCGCUCCCAGCCAUUACAGAGCUGUUGGGCAGACUCGCACGUUGACGGGUGCGCCGCGGGUAAAGGGGGGCAAAAGGGACAGCAUACAACAGACAUACCACAGACUCCGCGAUGGCAUCUGUGUCGCCUCCUAAGCCGUGGGAGAGAGCAGCUGUUGCAGCUUCAGGUCAGUUCAGGAGAGAGUGAUCCCCCUCGCAGCUGAUAUCAGAGUGAUAUCUACCAAUAUCAAAAUCUUCAAGACACAGUGAGCUGACCUGGUUUACUAUGGAUAUAGGCUCCUCUGUAGCCCAACGGGUUGUAACGGCCUCUGCUGCACCUCCGUCUUCUACUACCGCUGUUGCGCCGUCUUCUUCUUCCACUACAUCUUCCUCCUCGGCACCCGAACUGCCAUCCAGGCCCAGCGCGCUGAACGCUGUUGUUAACCAGACAGCCUCUACAUACUCUCCCUAUGGCGCAUCAAGACUAGGCACGUCACCCUAUACUGGCGGGUACAACAACUACUCCUCACCAUAUUCACGGUUUGGGGCGAUGGGAGGCAUGGGCUCGAUGUACGGCGGCUACGGCGGGAUGGGGGGGAUGUAUGGUAGUUAUGGUGGGAUGGGAGGAAUGUAUGGAGGCAUACAGAACGGUGACCCCAACAGCUUGACGCAUUCAUUCAACCAGAGCACGCAGGCGACCUUCCAAAUGAUCGAGAGCAUCGUUGGUGCGUUUGGUGGGUUUGCGCAGAUGUUGGAAAGCACCUACAUGGCCACCCAUAGCUCAUUCUUUGCUAUGGUAUCUGUUGCAGAGCAGUUUGGGACCUUGAAGAACACGCUUGGUUCUGUCCUGGGUAUAUUCACACUCCUUCGAUGGCUGCGGACACUGCUUGCCAAAUUGACCGGCAGACCGCCCCCAGCUGACGCAACCGCCUUGACCCCGUCUGCCUUCUCUGCCUUCACUGGCAACAAUGGAGGCGUUCCCGACGGCUCUGGCCGUCCCAAGCCUUCGAAGAAGCCCUUCUUCUUCUUCCUUGCCGCCGUCUUUGGCCUUCCCUAUCUCAUGUCAAAGCUCAUCCGCGUCCUGGCUCGGUCACAAGAACAGGAAGCAAAACGACAACAGGAACUUCUCAACGAAGCCCAGCAGCAGGGAUCCAUUGACCCGUCCAAGCUCGACUUCUGCCGAGUGCUGUACGACUACUCGCCCGAUACACAGGCCACUGGCGGAAUUGACCUUGCAGUUAAAAAGGGCGAUCUUGUUGCCGUACUGAGCAAGUCCGACCCAAUGGGAAACCCAUCCGAAUGGUGGAGGUGCAGGAGCCGUGACGGCUCUGUUGGAUACCUGCCAAGCCCCUAUCUCGAGGCCAUUCAACGCAGGCCACAGCAGCAAGCGAUCACGGCUGGAGCCGCCAGCAGCACGAGCAGCGCCCCGGCUACGAGGACGAGUACCCUGGUUGGCAACGCUGCCGAGUCGCGAACGAAGAGCCUGACUGCAUUGAAACAGGCUCCAGAGCCCGUCAAGGGAAAGCCAACUGACAUCUCGCUGGAGAACUUCCAGAAGUCCAAUUUCUACUCCUAAAACAAAAGGAACUUCCAUUUUUUCGUCUAAUCUUUUUCUUUUCUUUUCUUU